AUGUUUCGUCUCCGAACUUCAGUUACUCGCUGGCAAGUGCCAUCAGCCUUGCCAUGCUCUACCCCGCGCCGUAACUUUAUAGCUGCCUCCAGUAGGCUCAACAGCUCGGUAGAGCCAGAAUGUCGUGAAAAGUUGGAACCUAGUGCUCCGAAAAUUGAAAGUCUACUGUCUACACCAGAAGAAUCCAGCAAUCCCAAGGGCGAUAUACAAAGCUCCAUCACCCAAGUGGUUGGAAGAAGCAAUCGCGCGAAUGGCGUCCUUCCAAAAGUGGGCAAAAAAGGGUCGAUCUGGACCGGAAAAGAGGAAUUGUAUCUGCAUUUGGACAGGGGAACAACAAUCAAAUUGCCAUAUACUUAUCUGCGAGAUUCAUGCCAGUGUGGAUCGUGCAAGGAUCAACACUCGAAGCAGCGCUCAUUCCGCACAAGUGACAUCCCAAAGGACAUUUCUCCAAGCUGGGUCAAUUGGGAUGGGAACAAGCUUUCAAUUAGGUGGGCCAAGGACAUUGGGGAGUCGCAGACUGCACAUGAAUCAACCUGGGACCGUGACUUUCUCAGAACCCCCAUUUUCAACACUCAUCGUCAGCACUCGAACCGGAACUCCAAACCAAUCAUGUGGGGACGGGCCCAAAUGGAAAGAAGUCAACAUUGGGUGUCUUACUCGGACUAUAUCGCCGAUGAUUUCAAAUUUGCCAUAGCUAUGCAGCAGUUAGAGCGCCUGGGCCUCAUUUUUGUGAAGGAUAUUCCAGACUCACGAUCGAUGGUUGAAGCCAUUGCAACACGGAUGGGACCGCUACGAAACACAUUCUACGGAUCAACAUUUGACGUCCGCACCGUUCCGCAGGCGACGAACGUUGCAUAUACAAACCAGUUUCUUGGAUUUCAUAUGGAUUUGAUGUAUAUGAACGAGCCACCGGGAUACCAGCUCCUCCACUGUCUGGAGAACUCAUGUUCAGGCGGCGAGUCGAUGUUCGCAGACACAUUUUCGGUUGCAAAAAUCAUGAGUGAGAGAUAUCCAGAAGAUUAUAAAGUGCUUCGUGAGCAGCGGCUGGGAUACGAGUAUAGGCACGAGGAACAUAUUUAUUACAAUGAACGACCCGUCUUUGAGCAUGACUCCGACACAGGUGACCUGCGCCAUGUCAAUUACUCGCCCCCCUUCCAGUCUCCCCUGCCAUCACGCGAUGAAAAAGACCAUGAUGCUGGAUCAGUGAACAAGCUGCGAGACGCCCUGGCGACGUUCGCUUCAAUUAUUGAUAAUCCGAAGCACACCUUUGAGCUCAAGCUUAGUCCGGGCGACUGUGUCAUUUUUGACAACAGGCGAACCCUCCAUGCCCGCCGCCAAUUCAAUGCCAGCACAGGAUCUCGUUGGUUAGCUGGCGCAUAUGUGGAUACGGAUGCUUUGCUAUCCCGCUUUUCCGUCUGUAAGCAUAAAUAUCCACAUGUCUGGGCAAAAAAAGCCAAGAAAGACUUGGCGGCCAGCAGCAGAGACGAUAAUCAGGAAAGAAGUGAAGCAUCAGAAGCAAGAGGUGAAGGGAGUGGCUGA